AUGCAUCAGAGGAAAUAUGCACUGGAACUAAUCUCAGAAACAGGUCUUAGUGCUGCUAAACCAGCACCUACUCCACUUGAUACUACGGAGAAACUGACAACUACAGAAUAUGAUCAACAAACUUCAGAUGAUGCAAAGUCAAAAGAUCAAGUACUAGCGGAUCAAGGGAUGUACCAAAGGAUAAUAGAUUGGGUAGCAUGUGCUUUCUCUAGGAAGUCUAUUACAGGAUUUACUAUUAAACUAGGUGAAUCUCUAAUCUCUUGGAAGUCAAAGAAACAAUCAACUGUUUCUAGGAGUUCAGCUGAAUCAGAGUAUAGAAGCCUUGCUUCAACAGUUGCAGAACUUACAUGGCUAGUUGGUUUGAUCAAGGAUCUAG